UCUGUAUGUCCAGCUGAGCAUGCCCAGUGCAAUGCAGUUCUCCUGUCCUACAGAGAAGCAGUAAUAGAAACAUUCUUGAAGAGAAACAGAAGGCAAAAGAGCAAGAAAAGAAAAUACUGGUGCUGGCAAAUCUAUAGUUUUUGAAAAUACGAAAUGCAGAGCACUGGAUCCUCAGUUUUAUCCAAGUAUGAAAACCAGAUUACUAUUUUCACUGACUACCUAGAAGAAUAUCCAGAUACAGAUGAGCUGGUAUGGAUCUUAGGGAAGCAGCAUCUCCUUAAAACAGAAAAAUCUAAGCUGUUGUCUGAUAUAAGUGCUCGUCUAUGGUUUACAUACAGAAGGAAAUUUUCACCAAUUGGGGGAACGGGCCCUUCAUCAGAUGCUGGUUGGGGAUGUAUGCUACGCUGUGGACAGAUGAUGCUGGCUCAAGCCCUUAUCUGUAGACACUUGGGAAGGGACUGGAGCUGGGAGAAACAAAAAGAACAACCCAAAGAAUACCAACGCAUCCUACAGUGCUUCUUAGAUAGAAAAGAUUGUUGCUACUCUAUCCAUCAAAUGGCACAAAUGGGUGUAGGAGAAGGGAAAUCAAUUGGAGAAUGGUUUGGACCAAAUACAGUUGCACAGGUGUUAAAAAAACUUGCUUUAUUUGAUGAAUGGAAUUCCUUGGCUGUUUAUGUUUCAAUGGAUAACACAGUGGUCAUUGAAGAUAUCAAAAAAAUGUGCCGUGUCCUUCCCUUGAGUGCUGACACAGCUGGUGACAGGCCUCCCGAUUCUUUGAUUGCUUCAAACCAGAGUAAGGGCAUUUCUGCCCACUGCCCAGCCUGGAAGCCCCUGCUGCUCAUUGUGCCCCUUCGCCUGGGCAUAAACCAAAUCAAUCCUGUCUAUGUUGAUGCAUUCAAAGAGUGUUUUAAGAUGCCACAGUCUUUAGGGGCAUUAGGAGGAAAACCAAAUAACGCGUAUUAUUUCAUAGGAUUCUUAGGUGACGAGCUCAUCUUCUUGGACCCUCACACAACCCAGACCUUUGUCGACACUGAAGAGAAUGGAACGGUUAAUGACCAGACUUUCCAUUGCCUGCAGUCCCCACAGCGAAUGAACAUCCUGAACCUGGAUCCUUCAGUUGCACUGGGAUUUUUCUGCAAAGAAGAAAAAGACUUUGAUAACUGGUGUAGCCUUGUUCAGAAGGAAAUUCUGAAGGAGAAUUUAAGGAUGUUUGAAUUAGUUCAGAAACAUCCAUCACACUGGCCUCCCUUUGUACCUCCAGCCAAGCCAGAAGUGACAACCACUGGGGCAGAAUUCAUUGACUCUACUGAGCAACUGGAGGAGUUUGAUCUGGAGGAAGAUUUUGAGAUUCUGAGUGUGUAGAAUCCUGGGAACUCAACUUGAAGGUCUGUCUUCCAUCUGGCACCAUAAAAACAUGAACUUAUUACAUAAAACUUUUCUAGUCAGCAAGUGCCUAUAUGCCAAUAGCAUACAAACUCAAUAGCAAUCAUGACUGAGCCAAUCACUGUUUCUCAGAAAAACAAGACAAAACAAAUGACAGUAACCCUUCCCCGGAAAGAAAUAGAACAACCAUGGAGCCUCGGAGCAGACGGAUGAGGAGGAGUUCAUUGCUUCCCAGCUUGUCUUACAUGGCUACAGCAAGUCUUCAGCUGCUGCAAUGAGGAAAUGGGCAUCUGGAACACAGACAGCAACUCUCAGCUUGCUUCAAGCACCAGCAGAUAAAAGAUGGUUAAGCUGUUCUUCAUCCUUUCAGAUGUGACCUCUUUUGGACUAAAUACUAAGAAGCACUCUGUUCUCUUGCUCAAAUAAUAAAGUGACUGAAUCAGGGAGGAAAAGGUUCUUGUUAAAUUAUUCGAUUGUGUAGUUUAAGUAAUUAUAAUUUAUAUCAAAAUGUUUGUCAAAGAAGCAAUGUCAAAUGUACACUGCUAGAUCUCCCUCCUAUUUGUGGGAAUCUUACUAUUUAAUGGGUCACCGUCCCCAUUCUUACUGAUACUUUUGUCAGAUGUCACCCUGUCCUUAAAUCAUGAUCACUUAAAUCAGGGGUCAGCAAACUUUUUCUGUAAAGGGCCAGACGGUAAAUACUUUGGGCUUUGCAGGCCAUGCGGCCUUUGUCACAUCUACUCAACUCUGCUGUUGACAUGCAAAAGCAGCGAUAGACAAUAUGCACGUAAAUGAGUGUGGCUGUAAUCCAAGAAAACUUUAUUUACAAAAACAGGUGGAGGGCUGGGUUUGGCCUGCAGGCUGUAGCUUGCCAAUCAGUGACUUAAAUUGUUGAUUUUUGUUUGGUAAAUUAAAAAUAAAUUGUGUUUGAAGUAUACCCUA